AUGAGUCGCAUUCUUUCUCUCGUAAGCCUGAUUUUCAUUUUCGGUAUUUUGAAUAUCCCAUUCAGCGAAAAUGUCGAUCGGAAUAAUUUCAAAACGUGUGAACAAAGUGCUUUCUGUCGACGGCAACGGAAAUAUAAACCCGAAGUCUCACCUUACGAGGUCGACUUGAACUCAAUGAUAACUGUUCAAGUCGGACAUACACAAUUUGUACUUCUCAAUACUCACAAAUCUCAUGUUAAAUUUCAACUAGAUGUUUAUACAUUAGAACACAAUUCCUUACGAGUUAAAGUAAACGAAAUUAACCCAAUAAGAAAACGCUAUGAGGUCGAACAUAGUCUCGUUUCUGAACCGAAACUAGUCAAUGUAAACUUGACGAGAUUAGAUGAGAAUUUAAUUGAAGGAACUUUUGGCAAAUCAGCAAAAUUUAUCCUCAACGCUAAACCAUUCCGAUUAGAUUUAUUUACUAAUGGAAUAUUUGUCAUGAGUAUGAACUCAAAAAAUAUGUUCAAUUUCGAACAUUAUCGAACAAAACCAGGAACCAAUGAAGGAACAAAUAAUGAAGAAAACGAAGAAGGAAUGUGGGAAGAAACAUUUAAAAGUCAUCAAGAUCCCAAACCGUAUGGUCCAUCAUCGAUCGGUGUUGAUAUAAACUUUCUAAAUUUUGAAAACGUCUAUGGUAUUCCCGAACAUGCAGAUGCAUUCUCACUUCGCUCGACACACGAUACUGAUCCAUAUCGUUUGUUCAAUGUUGAUGUAUUCGAAUAUGAUAUUCAAAAUCCCAUGGCUUUGUAUGGCUCUGUUCCAUACAUGUUAGCUCACAAUGAACAUGCAACCGUUGGAUUUUUCUGGUUAAAUGCUGCUGAAGGAUGGAUUGACGUUAACAAUGAUAAACUGACAGUACAAAAUCCUUGGACGAAAGUUAUGGGAUUCUUUUCGACAGUUGCAAAUUUCUUUUCUACAAAACCAGGUGUUGAUAAAAAUGAAGUGCCGGAGGUGACUACGCAUUGGAUGUUUGAAUCGGGUAUAUUUGAUGGAUUCUUCUUUAUGGGACCAACGCCAAGAGAUAUUUUCAAACAAUAUACUGCUAUUACUGGUUCAGUUCCACUUCCACCGUUAUGGUCGAUUGCGUAUCACCAAUGCCGAUGGAACUACAAUGAUGAAGAUGACGUCCGAAGUGUUUUAAAUGGAUUCGAAAAAUAUUUUAUUCCACUUGACGUCAUUUGGCUUGAUAUUGAACAUACAAAUGGUAAACGGUAUCUUACUUGGGAUACAGGAAAAUUUCCUAAUCCACAGAAAAUGCAAGAUGAUGUCGCUCAUUAUGGAAGAAAAAUGGUUACCAUUAGUGAUCCGCAUAUAAAAAAAGAUGAUGGAUAUCAAGUAUAUGCUGUAGCUAAAUCGAAAGGAUAUUUUGUUAAGACAAAAGAAGGAGCUGAUUAUGAAGGAUCAUGCUGGCCAGGUGCUUCUAUGUGGCUGGAUUAUUUCAACCCUGAUGUAUUCAAAUGGUAUUCGGAGCUUUAUUCAUUAACAAACUAUAAAGGUUCAACAAAAAAUCUUUUCAUAUGGAAUGAUAUGAAUGAACCAUCUGUUUUCAAUGGUCCAGAAAUAACUUUCCCCAAAGAUAUUGUUCACCACGGUGGAUGGGAAGAUCGUGAUGUUCAUAAUCUCUAUGGUAUGCUGCAGCACAUGUCUACAUUUCAAGGCCUUUACAAUCGUUCCAACGGACAUAUUCGUCCGUUUGUAUUGACACGUUCGUUUUUCGCUGGCUCACAACGAACAGCUGCGGUAUGGACAGGUGACAAUAAAGCUGAAUGGAGUUAUUUGAAAAUAGCGACACCAAUGCUUCUAAGUCUAUCUGUUACCGGAUUUGGUUUUAUUGGCGCUGAUGUUGGAGGAUUUUUCUCUAAUCCAGACGCAAAAUUACUUGUCCGAUGGUAUCAAACAGCAGCAUAUCAACCAUUCUAUCGUGAACAUGCCCAUAUUGACACUGCACGCCGUGAACCAUGGCUAUUUGGGAAUGAAAAUACACGAUUGAUUCGAAAAGCAAUCGAACAACGUUAUCAAUACUUACCUUACUGGUAUACUUUAUUUUAUAGACAAGAAAAGCAAGGUAUACCACCCAUGCUACCUUUAUGGGCAAAUUUUCCAAAAGACAAAAAGACAUUUAAAAUAGAAGAUUCAUUUAUGGUUGGAAAUGGUCUACUCAUUUAUCCAAUUACCGAGGCUGAUAUUAAUCAAGUUGCUGUCUAUUUUCCUGGUGAAAAUACAAUUUGGUACGAUGUACGUACCUUCAUUAAAUUCCAAGGUGCAACAACAUCACUUGUCCCUGUCGAUAUGCAAUCGAUUCCCGUUUACCAAUUAGGUGGUGUUAUCAUUCCACAAAGAUUCAGACGACGACGUGCUUCAAUGCUUGCCAUUCAUGAUCCAAUAACAUUAGUAGUUGCAUUAGACCGCAAUCGUGAAGCAAGAGGCGAAUUGUAUCUUGAUGAUGGUCAUACUUAUGAUUAUCGACAGAAACGUCAAUUAAUCUAUCGUCGGUUUACUUUCAAAAAUAAUGUACUUUAUUCAAAAACUCUCGAUUCAACCAGUAAAUUUGAAACUGAUGCUUGGAUUGAACGUAUAAUUAUACUUGGUUAUCCGAAAAAUCCCACUAAAAUAACGAUCAAUUCGGGUGAUAAACAAGCCGUUCCACUUCAUCGAUAUCAUGAUGAAUCUCAAACGCUUACUAUUCGACGACCUGGCCCAUCAGUUGCAUCCGAUUGGACACUUACGAUAGCUUAA